AAGCAGUUGCAAAUUAUUUUCCAACAAUAGUUUUGCGAAAAAAUCCUCGCAUCGAAACAAGUAAAAAUGGAAAACAAGUCACCAAUGAAAGGGAGCGAAGCAGAAAAUGCCAAAGAUCAGUUGAAGAAGAAAACUGCUGAAGAAUUCGCUCAAAUGGCUAUCAUCAAUCGUGCUUUUUCUGCUGAGUCAACUGAAGACCCACCACCACUGGCUCAGAAACGGUCCGAAUCGACUUUAAAACCAUUGAAUGAUGAAUUGAAGUCGGUGCCACUGGUUAGAGCUUUCAAUUCUGCUGAAAAUCAACUGGAUCCAAAGAAUCAGAACGCUGCAAAGAAGUGAACAGUUAUCAAUGGGAUACUUGAUUUUUGAAAGUAAUAAAUUAGUAAAGUUAAAUGUAUUGCUCUCAAUUUCAAUAAACUUAUCAAUC